AUGGCACUAAGAGGUCACGGAGACAAUGAAGGAAACUUCUAUGAACUUUUGCAGUUGAGAGCAAAUGACAUUCCCGAACUGAAAGAAUGGCUUCAAAGAAAAAGAGCGUGGCUUACUCAUGACAACCAGAAUGAAAUCCUGGAGCUCUUGGCCUUAGAGGUGAUGCGGAAACUCAAUAAUAGCAUAAAAGAAGAUGAAUAUUUUUCCUUAAUAGUAGAUGGGACAACAGAUGUGUCGACAAAAGAACAAGUUUCCUUAUGUAUAAGACAUGUCAAUGGUGACUUUGAGGUAUCUGAAGACUUUAUUGGUUUAUAUGAGACAUCUUCGACAACUGGGGAAACUCUGACCAAAAUAAUACAAGAUGUACUGUUGAGGUUAGACCUGAACAUAGACAACUGUCGUGGACAGUGUUAUGAUGGGGCUGGAAAUAUGAAGGGCCACAUGAAAGGUACUCAGGUUCGAAUAAGUAAAAUAGAACCCCGUGCAACAUACAUACACUGCUUCAAUCAUGCGUUGAAUUUAGCUGUUAUCGAUGCUACUGGGGCUGUACCUGAAUUCGGAAAUGUUCUACAAAAUGUACAUGAACUUGGCAAGUAUUUCAAUAAAUCUGCUAAAAGGACAGAUAUAAUGCUUCACCAUAAAUCAGAUGACAAUCUUGCCUUGACUAAAAAUACUAAGCUAAAACCUCUAUGUCCUACAAGAUGGACAGUGAGACUAAAGUCUCUACAAGCUGUUAACUCACAAUAUGAGACUGUUCUAAGUGCUUUGGAAAGCAUCAAAACUGAAGAUCCUGAUCCUACUGCCAAUGCCCAAGUUGACAGAGUUAAACAACGUUUAACAAAGUUGAGAACCGAUGAGAAGUUUAACGAACUAUGGGAGAAAGUGAAGAAACGAGGGGCAGAUAUGGAUUUACUCCCGGUCACUCUUCCACGUGUUCGAGCGCCUCCAAAACGACUAGAACAGAAAAGUGAUGCUUCCCCACCAGUGACGUUCUCCGGUCCAGAGACUUAUUUGAGGAAACAGUACUUCGACGUUUUGGACAACUUAAAGUCAGACAUUGAUUAUAGAUUUCAACAUCCCGGAGUCAAAAUAUACAAAGACAUUGAAACUGUUUUGAUGAAAGCAGUAAACGGGAAGACAGAAGAAGUAAAAAUUGAAGUGGACAAUAUAUGUGACCAUUUUAAAACUGACUUGGACAAGAAAAAGCUUACAAGCCAAUUAAACAGUCUACAAGAUUUACCAAAAAAGAAGGAAGUUAAAAGUGUACGUGAUUUAGUUGUGACUUUAAAUAGUGAGCCUCAAGAAAACAAAAGAUUUUUGUCUGAAGUAGUAAAGGUUGUCAAGUUACUGCUUGUCUUACCAGCGUCUGCAGCAACUGCAGAAAGAACAUUUUCUUGUCUUCGUCGCUUGAAAACGUGGCUGCGUUCCACGAUGACGCAGAAGAGAUUGAACCAUCUUGCCAUCUUAUCCGUCCAUAGGGACAUUGCUAAAUCUAUUGAUGAUAAGCACAUUGCAAGAAUGUUUGUCAAUAGAGUUGAAAGUCGCUGUGCAGUUUUCGGGAAUUUCAAAGACUGA